AAGCAUUCGAACAGGUUGUUUUGGGCAGUAUCAAAAACAUGGAGUUUGAAAUUAUGGCUUACUACUCAUAUUCAUCUUGAGAGGCUAAGUAAAAUGUUCAUGUACUUUCAAGAGGAAAAGUAAGUUAAAGAUCAUGCACUUGGUUGUCUCGAUUGUUAUCGGUUUUAUCGAUGCAACACAAUUCAGGACGUUUUUAGGUAUGCUCCAAUAAAAGCACAAGCGAAAAUGGCGCUGGGACUAGCGAAAAGCCGAAGAGUAUCUCGAUGGAGCAGCUUGUCACUCAGGUUGUUCAGGAUAGCAUCCAGGACACGAGUAUUAUGUCCCGGCUCUUUGAUAGGUGUGCAUUGUAGUCAGAUUCAAGCGCUGAGUUCUCUGCUUCAAAGCCUAUUACUCGCUAUUAGCACAACUAGUCGCUACCUCUUAUCGUGCUUUUCUUGUCCUAGUCCUUGUUACGUAAUAUGGAGGCUGUGUCCUUGUCGUGGUUUUUUCCUAGGUAGGUCACCUAUGUAAUUCGCGUUGUCCUUACAUCCAAUAUCUAAUGAAAAGCACGAUAUCGCGAAAGGGCGUUACAUGCGCAUGUUUUAUGCUGGAUGACGUUUUUUCUCCCCCAUUUUAUGUCAAUAAGAGAAGAGGUCGGCAACAUCUUGGCUUCCCCAUAUAUUUUGAAGGUCCGUCGUUCAAGGGACCCUGAGGACCCAAACUGGCAAGAAGUCUCUCCCCUGCCACCUCAAGACGGGAGAAAGAGAAAAAACAUCUUCCCUUUUAUAUGCGGUGUGCCUCCUACAGCCAGAUCUUCAAGAUGGAGGAUACCAGACGCUUUUUGCCAGAUGCCGCUGUGUGGCAGCAGAACUGCCAAACGUAUGCGGGCAAACCGAAAAGUGCGGACGCGUUGGAGAACUUCUUCGAUUAUGACUGUGAGUGUAGAGAGCCAUUAUGAUAGGAAUGUACUUAUAUUAGAGCCAGUAUUAAUGGCUGAGUGUGUACUGUAUAGAGCCAGGCUUACACUAUAGAAAUAAUAGCCUGGAUCUUUGAAACAUUGUCAGACGACGUCUCCACGUCUCUCCACGGUCUCUACGAUGGCAACUCUUGAUAGCAAAGUCCCUUACACAGUCCUACUCAAAUUUCGAGUAUCGAGAAAUAUAGACCAUGCCUAUCUAGAAAAAUUAGGCCACUUUGAAGAAGCGUCCUUGGUGUACUAUGCCGUCAUUAAAUUAUCAUCCAUCUGCGCCGCCCACUGCGUCUAUAUGUAGUAGCUCACGAGUCCACUGCGACCAUGAUGCAAAGGAUCUUGUAGAGACCAAUAAUUUUCUUCUUCCCACUGCAUAUCUUCUGUCCCACUGCGACCUCCUCAAUAAUCUUCUAGAGACCUCCUCCACGAGAGUCCACUUUGGCCUAAUAAUCUUCUAGAGAGCUAACGCGCCGCAUACGUUACUACCGUACUUGCUAUGUACACACCACCUUACCACCCCACCACCUUACCAAUCGAUUCAUGGUGCUGCAAACCUAUUAGGGAUGCACAGAAUAGAACCCCCACAACGUACUGGUUUACACACCACAUACUAGCUUGACUUGUUUAGACUCUAAGACCUGGUGGAGCUCCCACCGUGGAUGGCGCUACUGAUUGAAUGCGCUAGGCAAACCUUCAAGUUUCCUCCCAGGUACAACCAGGCUUUAACUGUCCUUCUUUUGUUAAGGCUACCGCUAAAGCAGUGAGCGGCUCUUCUAUUUGUUACAUUUACUACUCAUGUGCGUGCCAGUAUGCUGCUUAUGUCAGAAUUGAGGCACUCUCAACAGCUUCUUUGUUUCAUUAAUCCUAAUCAAUAGUAAUUUCUGUGACUACAUUUACUACAUGUGCGUGCCAGUGACUCUCUUGUAGUCAAUCUCAGUGGGGGUCCCUACUUAGUUUACAAUCCUUUGAAACUCACUGUAAGAUAGCCUGCGUCUUACAUGGUGCACCCGAAGACCACAUGUCCCUGAUUACAACAUGGAGGCGAUCUUACUUACAUACAGACUCCGGAUACAGCCCACCUGAAUAGAUAUUAUCUAGACUCCAGGAGAAGGACUUGGACUAUGACGAUGAUGAAGAUGACAGAAGAUGACAAGUAGAACAACAUCUUCAGAGUUGCUGCCAACAGUUCUAAUGGGAGCAGAGGGCGCGCUCGCGUCGGAUGUUAUCAAGGAUAAGAUCUGGGAAGCGGAAAACAAGCAAGGAGGUAACGAUAGCCCACAAGCUUGCUAAGGCUAUCGAGUUGUUGAAGCAUCAAGAUCCGCUUAUAUAUUUUUCAAAGACGGACCUACUUGUUGGCUCUUCCUUAUAAGACUGGACUCGACGAGGCUAGGUUGGUGGAAGUUCUUCUUUUUCAGUGUUGGAAGCAAGAUGUUGGUGAGCCAUAUUUUCAAGGGUCAUAAGCCCACUCCUAGGCUGGGCAGUUGUUGUGGGAGGCGACCUCGUAGUCGUCUGCCAUUUUGUCUCUACGGUGGCCACGAAGGGCCCUAUCGGGGGCACUCACGUAGCAGGGCCACUCCAAUCCGAAUAGAGGUUGCAUAAAUCUCCUCAAGGAAGAUGCGAGUACAUAGAGUACACAUUCUCAAUUGUAUCCUGGGACAUAGUCUGUCAUGAUCACUUGUAUCCUGGUACAAAUUGAGACUCAAUUUGGUACCCUUUGUUUAUUGUAUGACUUUGAGUUAAAGGAGGUGGAGGAAAGAUUGGCUGCUCUAAGCCUGGAGAAAAUCCCUCGACCUUGCAGGUGGGGCCAGACGAGUGACCAUGGCACAGGUUCCAACAGUUAAGGGUGAGCUGUAAAUUUAAGUAAUCACAUGACAUCAGCACGAAAGUUGUAUUAUAUGAGCCCCGGCACCUCGCGUGAAGACUUAGCAAAGGCACUCUAUCCUAUCCUAGUUUACGACGUCGCACCUAACCCUCUAGUGUAGCUCCUUUCUAAGCAUAGGAGGAGGCUUCGUCUUUUCCCUUGACCACCCUGUAAGUACUUAGAAAUCAAAUCUUAGAAGAAGAAGACGCACCUCUCGUAAAAAUUUAGAUUGAGACCCUUCCUUCAAAAAUCGAUUGCUAUGCGUCUGAAUCAUUCUAGUCCAAACAAACCCUGGACCUUUUUUUUGUUGUGCCCACGAUACUUGCUAGUUAAAUGUUUCGCCGUGCGUUGUGCGAGAUCAUUUGUUGUAUUCCUAUUGCGUUGUAGGAAGGUGCCACGGCAUGGCUUUUGUUGUCAGUCCCUUAUUUGUUGUGAGUAUUUUCGCUUUUCCCUUGCCGGUAGUUUAGGAUGACUACUUGAGACGCGAAUAUAUGAAUCCCCCUACUUGUCUAAUAGACGACAAGGCAAGACGAUCAUUGCUGGCUUGCUUGCGAUGAUGCUCACUUUU